AUGGCGGCGAGCCCCGCGGGACUGAGGGGCCACCUGGUCUGCUUCCUGGCCCUCCUGUUGCGAGAACUUCCCCGGGCGAGGGCAGAUGGCCUUGUGGAUGUGCUCCAGGCGUUUGGUGUGCGGGAGGGCAAGAAUGGGGUCACCAUCGCUGCUGGGAUCUGCACUCAGAGGAAUGGAUCGGAGGAAACUGACCUGGCCUUCCGCCUGGAGAAUCGGACUCAUUUCAUCACCCCCACCAGGCAACUCUUCCCUGAUGGCCACUUCCCAGUGGACUUUUCAAUAUUAGCCACAAUGAGAGCACUCAAAGGCAGCCAAUCUUUUUUGUUUUCCCUGUGUGAUGAACGUGGUGUACAGCAGCUUGGUGUAGAGAUUGGACGUUCCCCCGUCUUUCUCUAUGAAGACCAGCUGGGUUUCCCAGCGCCUGAGGACUAUCCUCAUUUUCACAGAGUCAACUUGGCUGAUGGCAAAUGGCACCGCAUUGCUCUAAGUGUGAAAGGUGAAAGUGUAUCUCUGAACAUUGACUGUGAAGAUGCUAUAACAUUACCCCUGAAGCGAAGCAAGCAGCCAGUUGUCAGUAUUGAUGGGGUCACCUUGCUUGGGGCACGUCGGCCAGAUGAAGACAUUUUUGAGGGUGAUCUCCAACAAUUACUUCUUGUGCCAGACCCAGCAGCUGCUGCCCAAUAUUGCCAGGAUUACAUGCCUGAUUGCAACAGACAACUCAUCUACAAAUUGCAGACCCAGGAUGCAGAAGAGAACAUUCCACAGAGGAAGGGCAAGAAGGGCAAAGGCAAAGGAAGGGGCAAGGGCAGGAAGAAAGGUAGAGGCAAGAAGAAGAGAAACAAAGAGUCCCUCGAGAAGUCCUCGUUCAGUCCAACCUCAGGCGAGAAUGAGACUCCAACUGAUAUCAGUCCGAUGAAGGCAGCUACUGAGUUCUGGGGAAAGGAUCCUAAUGAAGAGCUUGGCAUUCUCACUUCUACCACUAUGACAGCCAACUUCAACCUUACAGAUAAUUAUGAGGACCUUCUUGGAGAAGAGUAUUUAAUCAACGAAAAUAGAGACUUGAAUGCCAAUGUCACUUACAGAGAAUUUGAUGAGAGACUUGACAAUAAAGAUUAUGAGGACUACUAUGACCGACGAGGGGCCAGUGAAGCAGAGCACUAUGAUCCAGCUGAGCGCAUUGAAGCCACCAUCCUAUUUCCCGAGCAGCAACCAAAUCUGAAGGGACAGAAAGGGGAGGCAGCGGUCGUUGAACCUGGUAUGAUUUUUGAAGGACCAGCUGGAUAUCCAGGUCCACAGGGAGAGAUGGGUCCAAUGGGAUCACCAGGGCCCCCGGGAUUUCCAGGAGAUCCUGGCGAGAGGGGAUCACCAGGCUUCCCAGGCCUUCCAGGAGCAGAUGGGCUUCGCGGACCUCCUGGGACAAUGCUCAUGUUUCCAUUCCAGUUUCGUGGUGAUUUGCUUAAAGGACCUUCAGUAUCUUUCCAGGAGGCCCAGGCCCAGGCCAUUUUACAGCAAGCCAAGCUUUCCAUGAAAGGACCUCCUGGCCCAAUGGGACUCACAGGAAGGCCAGGACCACUAGGUCUACCAGGAAAAUCAGGACAAAAAGGGGAUUCGGGUGACUCCGGACCCCAGGGUUCCCCUGGGAUACAAGGACCAAUUGGACCCCCAGGGAAAGUUGGCAAGCGGGGUCGUUCAGGAGCUGAUGGUGGCAGAGGACUCCCAGGAGAAACAGGACCCAAGGGUGACAGGGGCUUUGAUGGUCACCCAGGACCCCCUGGAGUAAAGGGACACAGAGGAGAUAUAGGAAAGCCAGGCCUACCUGGGCCUCCUGGAAAUGACGGUUCUAAGGGCUCUGAAGGUGUGCAAGGGCCCAGAGGACAGCCUGGGGAAGCUGGUGUACGUGGUUUGCCAGGCUCGCGAGGUAAUCCUGGUUCUUUCGGCCAGACGGGUAUUACUGGUAUUGAUGGUCCUCCUGGACAUAAGGGCAAUAUGGGUAUUCCAGGUGAACCAGGCCCACCUGGGCAACAAGGAAACCCUGGAUCUCACGGUGAAGAUGGAUUCCCUGGCUUCAAAGGUGAUAUGGGGCCCAAAGGCGAUUGGGUGAGCAAUAUUCUUCCCAGUAUUCCCAGUAUGAAAUAUCUGGUAUUCCUGGUGAACGUGGUUUGCCAGGACCUACAGGAAAACCGGGAUCAAAGGUAUGCCUGUUUUCCAUAUGAUGUGUAUGGCCUUCUACAUUUCUCCAUGCACAGUGCAGGAUAUGGACCUGUAGGAAAAGAUGGUCUAUCAGGACAUCCAGGCCAGCGUGGUGAGGCAGGAUUUCAUGGCAAAACUGGCCCACCGGGGCCAACAGGAGUUGUGGGGCCACAGGGAAACACGGGAGAAACUGGUCCUAUGGGGGAGAGAGGCCACCCAGGCUCCCCUGGUCCUCCUGGAGAACAAGGCCUGCCCGGUAUUGCUGGUAGGGAAGGUGCCAAGGGUGAUCCUGGACCUGGUGGCAUCCCAGGUAUUCCAGGGCCUACUGGAAUUAAAGGCUUCACAGGAGCCCGUGGUCCUGUUGGAGAGAAAGGACCAAUAGGCCUGAAAGGAGCAGAAGGGCCACUUGGUCCAGCAGGCUCCAUGGGUCCUCCUGGGGAGCGAGGUCCCUCUGGAGCAGCUGGAGGCAUAGGACUACCAGGAAGAGGGGGUAAUCCUGGACCACCUGGACCUGCAGGGGAGAAAGGAGCACCGGGUGAUCGAGGACCUAUGGGUCCAUCUGGUCGUGAUGGAAUCCUAGGUCCAGUGGGGCUUCCAGGGCCAGCUGGGCCUCCAGGACUUGCUGGAGAAGAUGGUUACAAAGGAGAAAUGGGUGGCCCGGGACAGAAGGGAAGCAAGGGCGACAAAGGAGAUGCGGGUCCCCCAGGACCAACCGGGAUCCAGGGUCCUAUUGGGCAUCCAGGAUCUGCUGGAGUUGAUGGAGAGCCUGGACGCCGAGGGCAGCAGGGCAUGUUUGGCCAAAAAGGAGAUGAAGGAGUCCGUGGUUUGCCAGGUGUCAGUGGCCCACCUGGUUUACAGGGAAUGCCAGGGAUCACAGGUGAAAAGGGCGAAAGUGGUGAAACUGGGUUAAUGGGUCCACCUGGAGCUCCAGGGGCCCGAGGUCCACAAGGUUCCAGUGGUGGAGAUGGCCCACAAGGUCAGCGUGGUGGGGUAGGCCAGCCUGGUGCCGUAGGUGAAAAGGGUGAGCCAGGGGAAGCAGGGGAUCCUGGACCACCAGGGCAGCCAGGCCAACAAGGAGUGAAAGGUGAUGUUGGUGAAAAAGGAGAUUCUGGCCAGUCUGGAGCAGCAGGGCCACCUGGGAAAAAAGGCCCCCCAGGAGAAGAUGGAUCCAAAGGGAACAUGGGUCCGAUAGGAUUCCCUGGUGACCCUGGUCCAACUGGAGAUCCUGGUCCUCCUGGUCCACCUGGAGCUUUUGGGGAAGUAGGUCCUCCUGGGCCACCAGGGAAGAGGGGACCUUUUGGGCCAGCUGGACGUGAAGGUCGACAGGGUGAGAAAGGGAUCAAGGGUGAAUCUGGUAUAGAUGGUCCCUCGGGGAAAAUGGGGCCUGUGGGCCCGCAAGGACCUCCAGGCCAACCUGGUUCAGAAGGUCUGCGUGGAAUUCCUGGUGCAGCAGGUGAACCUGGUCUACUGGGAGCUCCAGGACAGGCAGGACCCCCAGGUCCCAUGGGUCCUACAGGGCUCCCUGGUCUCAAAGGUGAUCCUGGCUACAAGGGAGAGAAGGGUCAUGCAGGACUCAUUGGGUUGAUUGGCCCUCCAGGUGAGAUGGGUGAAAAAGGUGACCAGGGGCUGCCAGGGAACCAGGGAACACCGGGCACUAAAGGCGAUUCUGGCAAUAUUGGACCUCAUGGUCCUCCAGGCCCACCUGGAUCUCCUGGCCACUCAGGCCCUCUGGGAGAAAAAGGCAACAAAGGGUCUUUGGGACCUAUUGGACCAAAAGGUGAUCCAGGGGCACCAGGGACACCAGGACCACCAGGCCGCCCUGCUGAAUUGCAGAAUCCAAUGCCCAUGGAAAGUGGGCGCACAAGCCGCCAGGACUGGGAGAUUGAAGAACAGGGGGAUGCUCCAGGGGAAGGGGAUAUUGAUCCUGAUGCUGAUGGACUGGCAGAAGUCUUGGCAGCUCUAAGCUCUCUACGUGAUGAGGUGGAGCAAAUGCGAUGCCCACUGGGCACUCUGGAUAGUCCAGCCAGGGUCUGCAAGGAGCUUCAGUUUUGUCAUGCUCAUCUCAAAGAUGGUGAAUACUGGAUUGAUCCAAACCAGGGAUGCAGCCGAGAUGCCUUCAAAGUUUACUGUAAUUUCACAGCUGGUGGAGAAACCUGCUUAUUCCCUGACAAGAAAUUUGAGGCUGUACGACUUGCCGCCUGGAACAAGGAGCAACCAGGAAGUUGGUUCAGCACUUUCAAAAGAGGCAAAAAGUUCUCCUAUGUGGAUGCAGAUGGCAAUCCUGUGCUGGUCACUCAACUCACAUUCCUACGCCUGCUGAGUGCUGUUGCCCGGCAGAACUUUACCCUCCUCUGCCAAAAUAUGGCUGCUUGGUAUGAAGCCAACACCAGCAGCCACAUGAAGGCUCUGCAUUUUCGGGCUUUCAAUGAUGUGGAGUUGAUGCACAACAGCACAGAAACUCCCAUCCAUGCCGUGUAUGAUGGCUGUCAGGUACGCAAAGGUCAGGAGCGGACAGUUCUACAAAUGGUGACGCAACACGUGGAGCAUCUACCAUUGAUUGAUGUGGCUGUUCAGGAUUUCGGAGAUACCAAUCAAAAGUUUGGCUUUGAACUCGGCCCAGUCUGCUUCAGUGGCUGA